AUGGCGGCUGACAGCCUCUUCCUCCAGUCCGCGCUCUUCAACUUCCAGUCGCUCCUCCUCGUCCUCCUCCUCUUGAUCUGCACAUGCACCUACGUGCGCGGUGCGGCCCCGGGACUCGUAGACAGGAACAGGGAAGGAUUCACCGGUCUCUUUUACAAGUUUGCAAGGAUAGGCGAACGUCUCUCGCCAUACGUAUCGCUUGCGUGUAUCAUCAUGGGAGUCAUGAUGCUCACCGGCAACUAA